UCCAGUGAGUUAACAGCGCAAGCAGAGAACAAACACAUUUUGCGUGGAAGAAGCAAUCUCAUAUUCGAAGUAAAAAGUGCUAGGAAGUGAAAAUUUUAUUACGUUCUGCAGAUUUUUCUAAAUCAAAUUUGUUGUAGUGACAAGUAUUGAUUGUUGUAGGAUAAACUUUGUCCAUCGUAAAAUAUAUUCAAUUAAUUUAUCGGUUGACUAGAAUACGGUUUUAUGAAUAUGCCCUCGUCGAAAAUUCGGAACGUGUUUCUAGUGUUCGCCGUACUCGGCAUUUCCUGUCUGAUGGCCGGCCCGGCUGAAAAUGAAAACAGAGGUAGCAUAGAUCCGCGACUAGCAGAUGUUUUGCAAGGUGAUAUUACUACGGUCGAUCCAGCAAAUGAUACAACAACAAAACCGACAACCCCGCCAACGACAAGCACAACGGUUACUCCUGAUACCACCACUGAUUCCAACAAAAAUACAACUACACCAUCUACAACAACAACAUCAACAACUACUACUAGCACAACGCCGGCGACAACUUCAACCACCCCGGCCCAGAACACAACUACUUCCGUUCCAACUCCAACUCCGUCGCCGACGCCAUCUCCUAGUCCCACGACAUCGACUACAGUCGCUCCACCAACUCCCCAUUGUAGACACUUCGACGGUUAUUCGUUCGUUGGUGGAAUGAUCCUCGCGUACGGCUCUCUAGCGAUCGGUUUGGUUCUAUGGAAGUUCUACAAGGCCCGCACCGAACGAAACUAUCAUACCCUUUAAGAAACCAGAAGGGAUGUAGAUUUUAAACCGAUAUGAGGGAGGGUGAGUAGGCUGCCAGUUGUCGACGUCCAGAGAGUUUUUUUUUCAGUUUCGAGAAAGACGUUUCGUUUGCUUUGUUUUUUUUUUUGGAAAAUUUGACUGAAUUGGAAUUUUAUUUUAUCUUGAUUCUCAACAACGAUUCGUUUCUUCAUUUAAAGUAGACUAAAUAGAUCGGAGGACUGUUGCUCAAUAAUUCAAAUGCAAAAAAAUAACUAUUGGAAUCUCAAUUGACAAAUCUAAGCUCGUUCAAAUAGUUUUGAGCUAUUUUAUUUCUAUCAUAAAAAAUAAACGCGCAUAGUCAGCAGAAUUUUAAUCUAUUUUAUUUUGUUGGGCUGAGCUCCGAACUACAACCAAAAUACAUCUGGUGUUAUAGAUCAUUUAAAAGCGUGAAACAAUGCAACUGUUUCACUGUAGCUACCGCUAUCGUCGAAUAACAGCACGAGAUGUUCUUUGUUUGAUUUAUAUUUGCUUCGUAGCGAAACGUGUGUACUUUACGUUUUCGCUGCGAUAAGAAAUCGGAGAACAAUUUGUUAACAAUGUUGUAUUUGCUUGCUCAGAUCGUAACUUUCAAUUGCGAUAGAUCUUAUGUUUUUCAUAUUCUGUGAAAGGGUAUGUUAUCUGAUGCAGGAUUAGUAAUUUUGCACAUUUUUAAGAAAAAUUUUGCUCUAUUCUACAACUUGUGAUUUCAUGGAUCUUUAGAUUUGAAUAUUUUUAAAUUCCUAAAAAAUAUGGUUCAAUUUAAAAGUAACCAAUUAUAAAUAAUAUAUUUCCUAAAACAAUGCAUUUAUUAAAACUAGUUUUGAAUGUUUUUUUUGUGCAGGCAUGUUCAGUCGAAUUUAUAAGUUAUUUUGUCAGUUAACUGCAGAAUCUAGUACGGAAUACUACUUAAACUCAGUUCAUUUUGUUUAGUUGAAACAGAUUAUUCCAACAUUUACGAUAAAAACUGUUUGUUAUUAAAGAAUGCAUCAUAUGACUAGAAAAAAUCUCUAAUCUUCUUGUGUCAUAAGAAUUACAAUCAUGGAACCAACAAACAUCAAUAAUUCAAACCAUUAGCAGGAGAUGAGCCAAGGAAAAUGAUGAAUAUAAGUCUGUAAAUAUAGUUGAAAAUACUGAACGCUGGUGAAUAGCAGCAUCCAAAAUAAUCUCGUCAAUAUUUUGCCCGUUUACUGAAUUCGGUCUCCAAAAUAAAUGUUUAUAAAUCGCAUUGGGAAAAACUGAAAAAAGCAGACAGCCAACAUAAAUUGGAUAAGAUAGGGUCCACAAGCAAGCUUAUAAACCUUAAAUAGACUCACUUGGCUGAGCAUCAUCAGUCCAAAUAUGAAACUCAUAUGGGGAUAGGUAAGAACUCCCUAGAGAUGAAUUUAAAACUUAAUAGUAAUGCAAAACGAAUCAAAAGAUCGAUUAGAAAGGAUGGAAAGUGCUCUUAAUAAACAAACAAAUAAAACUGAAAAAAGUAAUUCAGAAAAACGAUUUGAUUCCAACAAUGCACGAACGUAACCAAAUCUAUUUUAAUUUAAAAACUUAUCAUGAGUGCUAUCUCGAUAAAACAAAAUAUAUAUCCAUCCUAUUUGUAUCUGUUUCGGACACUUAAUGCUUUUGGACGCGUUUUUCCCUAGCAAGGAUUGAUCCUUAAUCCUAUUAUUUAGUGUAUACCUUUACACAUACAUAUAUGAUAAGCAAUUUAUCAUGCAUUGAAUUUCCGGUAACUAUUGGAGAUGAAUUUAGAAGCUUUUCAUACUAUUUGCACCUCAGAGAAUCUUAUUAUUAUUCACUGUUGGAUUAUAGUAUCUAUUAUGUAUGUUGUCUUUGGUAUGGAGGGGAUUCUUGUAAUAAUGGUGAAUUGGUACUGUUCAGUCUUUUUUUUUUCUUAUCAAAGAAUAAAUAAUUUUUUUAUUGACAUAGUAA